AUGGCAAUCUCUCAAAUGCUAAAUAAAAGCUUAAUAAGUUAUAUCCCAAGUAAAUACGACAAGCCACAAGAAAGAAGCUCGGUAAUUUUAAAUAACAAGCAAGCUCAAGUCACUCAACGAACUACGUUGAGAGUUUUUCUCUGGCUUGUUCUCUUCUGCGGUACGCAAACAAAUGAAGAUAGCCAACAGAUAGCCAAUGUCCCGAUGGAACAGCAAACUGCAGUGGAAGUGGGCAGCCUACAUGACAUGCAAAAUGGAAUUGAAUGGAUAGCUGAUAAGCCUGAUAAGGUUUAA